UCCCUACUUCAGAUUUGGGGCUUAGGUCAGGGUGGCUCAAUUGGACGUCGGAUUCUCUUCUCCAUUCCUCGAAGACGCUUCUCUUCCUCUCCCUUUCCCACUCCGCGGCGGCCGGCGACGGCCGGCAGACGUCGACGGAAGACGGCGCCUUCCCCCCUUCCCUCCUGUCUAUUCUUUCUUGAGAAAUAUUUAUAACACAGGUUUCACCCUCGGAGACGGAAAUAGUCUUAGAGUUGCCGGCACGGAGACCAGGGCAUCCGUGCCGGUUGUUCCGACUGUCUUCUCAAUCUCACGAGAUCCGUUCUUCUUUUUUCUAUUUCUCAGGAGAGGCGGUAGUGGAGGUGGAGGAGAGAUGCAGCCAUAGAAGUUGACUGGUAUGGCAAAAGCUGCUGUAGUUGAGCCUUCUUCUUCCAAUACCUUGCCAUUUGGGAGAGCGCAGUCUGAUGUGAAAAUGAAAAGGAAGACCCCCUCAGAGCUUAGAGGGGAACAGUUGAAGCGAAGGGGUGGUGAGAUGCUAGCUGGCUGGGGAUUGCCUCCAUUGCUGGCUUCUGACAGGGUCAGCAGUGGAAUGAACGAUGGGGUUAAGAAACCUGAAUCAUUGAAGAUUCCGAAAUACAUCGACACCCAUGUUGAUGAUGUGUAUCCUGUCAAGAAGUCCAGUGAGAGAUGCAGAGUACUUUAUGGAAAAGCUAAGGUUGCAAAGGAUCCUUCAAUUACCAAUGAAAUGUCUAAUGACCUUGCUAAUCUGUCAGCUGCCUGUAGCUUUCCAGCUAAAGGCAUGUCCUUGGUUUCAUGUGGUAAUGCUGCUCCUCUUAAAAACUCCGAGUGUCCUGGCCAGUCUGCCAAGGAUGUUAGCGAUCAAGGUUUCCGCAAGAUUGAGAAAUGUAGCCAAAAUGCAUUGCGUAAUGUUGUUGAUCUUCAUCUGGGAAAUGAGAAGCUAGCUGAUUGUGCCAGCAUUGAUAUGGAAAAAGCGCUUAAAGGGUUUGUUGCUCGUGAUGUGCCUGCAAGAUCUGGUUUGUUGGCUGAUUCUUCUGGAAGACUUGGUGAACUUCUGUCAAACUCUUCAAGCACUUUCCGUUCUGAAAUUCUCAUGCCUGGACAUAGGGCUCCUCUUGAUUUGACUUUGAAAACUACCUUGCGUAUUGUUUCAUCAACCUCAGUGAAAUGGUGUCAUAGGGUAGGUGCAAGUCCUGCUACCAUUGAUAUAAGCCAGUUUACUCAGUUUUCUUGCCAUAAAGAUAAAAAAAACUGGCUGCACAUCUGGGCAUAGUGCCACUGCUGAGAUCUUGUAUUCAAAGGCUUUGCAUUCAUGGGCAUAUCCUCAGUCUUCUCUGCUCCUU